AUGGCCCCUCGCGUGUUCCUCAUCACUGGCUGUUCAACCGGAUUCGGUGAAGAGCUCGUUAAAGUCGUCCUCGAAAAGGGUGAUUACGUCGUUGCUACCGCACGCAACUCCUCCAAACUAUCUUUCGAGAAAGCAAAUGACUCCAACAGCCUUUUUGUAGAUCUCGACGUGACCAAAAAGGAUUCCAUUGACAAGGCUUUUGACGAUGCAAUCACCAAGUUCAAGCGUAUUGAUGUGGUCGUCAACAAUGCUGGAUAUGGCUUAAUGGGCCCAUUUGAGACAUUGUCGGAGAAGCAAAUUAGGCAACAGAUGGAAAUUAAUUUCUUCGGUCUGAUUGAUGUGACGAGGAAGGCGAUGGAGACCAUGCGCGAAUUGAAGACUGGAGGCGUCAUCCAGCAGGUUACCUCUAUUGGAGGCCAGAUUGGCGUUCCCAAUUUCUCCAUUUACUGUGCUAGUAAAUGGGCGGUCGAGGGUUUCACGGAAGCCAUCUCCAAAGAAGUGAAGCCAGAAUGGGGAAUCAAGUUUACAUGUAUCGAGCCUGGUGGCUUCCGAACAGAUUGGUCCGGCCGUAGUAUGGAUUUUGGCGAGAUCGCCCACCCAGCCUACACCCAUGUCGAUCCGAAGAAGUUAGCCCAAGCGCGUCAUGGAAACCAAGCAGGAGACCCAGCAAAAGGUGCCAGGGUCUUCUACGACCUAGCAAUCAUGGACGAUCCGCCUCUACGAUGCGUCGUUGGUACUGACGCAUAUAGCAUGGUCACCAAGAAGGUAGAAACGUACAGUGAAAGUAUCAAGAAGUUUGACAAAUGGAGCAACAGCACAGAUGUCGAUGGAUACAAAGCGCCUAGCUGA